AUGAGCCAGCCAACUAGCAGUUCCGCGCCGUCUCGGCGGCGCCAGACGGCACUGGCCGUUAUAGACGCCUACAACUCGUGGACGAUGGAGAAGAUCAUGGCCGUCCGCAGCGACGACUGCAUCACCCAGGUUCUGCCCAAGUCCCUUGGUCGUCCAGCCAUGGACAACGCAGCCUACGAAGUUUUCUUUGCAGGGAUGCUGCCGCACUUCCGCGACUUCAAGGUCGAGGUGAACGAAGUGUUCGAGGACGAUCGCGCCAACAACGUGGUGCUGUGGGCGCGCAGCACGGCGACCACCGACAUCGGGCCCUACGCCAACGAGUACAUGCUCAUCUUCCACUUCAACGAGGCGGGCGACAAGGUCACGCGCUUCUUCGAGUGGGUCGACUCGGCGAAUACUCAGGCUUUCUUUCCGAAGCUGCGGGAGCAUGUUGCGCGGAAGCAGGCUGAGGGGGAUGUUUAG